AUAUCUAUAUAUAGUUUCUACCUUUGCUUUGGAUGAAGGGUUUUGAUUAUAUGAUGGCUAAGUUGGUCUUGUUCCUGAUCGUCUUAUUCUCCGUAUUCUCACCAAUCGUGCAGUCGUCAUCGGAACCAUCCUCCCAGCCCCAGGUGAUCCCCUUGCUGAGUGGGCGUCCUCCGCGAGUUGUUAGAUGCCGUAUUCCUUUUUUCAGGAGGUGCUUCGGAGUACGGCAUGUUUGUCCUCCGCUCUGCCCAUUUAACUGUUUCCUCGACUGUCCGACGUGCAGACCCGUCUGCAAUUGUGAUUUUCCAGGAGCUGUUUGCCAGGAUCCUCGGUUUGUAGGCGGAGACGGCAACACGUUCUACUUCCACGGGCGGAAGGAUGAGAAUUUCUGCUUAGUUUCUGAUAACGAUUUCCAUAUAAAUGCCCACUUCAUUGGAAAACGAAACCCGAAUCUCACCAGGGAUUUCACCUGGGUCCAGUCCAUCGGAGCAGUUUUCGGCUCUCGCAAGCUCCUCAUCGCUGCAAAAAGGGCCGCGACGUGGGACGGGAAGAUUGACCACCUCUCCCUGGCCCUAGAUGAUAUCCGUGUAAACCUACCUACGGCUGAGGGCUACACGUGGCGUUCCCAUACCUCCCCUCGCGUCUCCUUCACCCGGACUGGCCCCACCAACAAGGUAGUGGUGGAGGUCGAGGGGAUGUUGAGGAUAAACGCUGUGGUGGUCCCAAUUACGGCAGAUGAAUCUCGAGUUCAUGGGUAUAACAUCACCGACGACAACUGCUUCGCCCACCUUGAGCUAGGGUUCAAGUUCUACAACAUGAGCAACAACGUGGACGGAAUCCUCGGGCAGACGUACAGGCCUGGCUAUGUGAGCAAGGCCAAGGUCGGGGCAGUCAUGCCCGUCAUGGGUGGCAUGCAUAAGUUCUUGAGCUCAGGCCUGUUUGCAACGGACUGUGCCGCGUCACGUUUUGGGCAGCUCGGCCCAUCAGAGACCAUCAAUAACAAUAAUGUGAAUAUGCACGCAAGCAUGCAGUGCACGAACAUGCCGGGUGCUGGAAUGGUCUGUAGGAAGUAAAAACCCGUCGCUUGGAAUUAUCGCCGUAUGGAUAUAAAAAUUAUUAAUAUAGUUUUAAAUGGUCAGAUGCCAGUGAUCGUAUGUAAGAUUGAAUAUACCUACCAAAGAAUGAGAAUAUGUGCCCAUCUUUUAUAUGUACUAGGAAUUUAA